AAAACAACAACAACAACGCAUUUAAAUAAGAACUUUUAUCGACCCCGGUAUUUAAAAGUAAUUAUCGUUAACAUUUGUAUUUGUAAACAAUUAUGUUUUUCGCAUACCGUCGUCGUACCUAAAACAAUAGUUAUCUUAUCUUAAGUUUCCCGAAAUCGAUAACCGAAACGUGAUCUUUGGAGUUUUGUGUUAGUGACUAUUUUACAAAUAUUUUUGUAAUGGAAAGAAUUUUACAUGAACUACUGCAAAAAUGUUAUUUUUUCUUUAUAUGUGGAUCCUUAUUAUUCAUCUUUUCCGAGAGAUCGCCUCAUUUUGUGAAUUACCGGAGCAAUUCCAAAACUCGGUUUGGAUUGACAGCGAUAAAGGGGAGCUGAAGUUUAGCACCACUAACAUGACAGGGUGGGAAUUUCAAACAGAAAACGGGGACUUGUUUGAGAAUUGGGAAUGUCUGCAUACUAGUACUGAUUCAACGAAACUCCUCCUCAUCAUGGUACAAACACAGAACAUCACAAUACUAGGUGCGCCGUAUACAGCUUACUUGUGUAUGGAAUUGAAAGAAAUAACAUCGCAAUCAUAUUAUUACUAUCUUUUGUGGGCUGAAGAGGAGAAAUAUCGAUAUGAGAGGAUAUCGGCAACUCUUUCGUCUACAGUAGUUUCUGAUCCAGUAAAACAGCUGUGUUUUAGUACAGAAACCGCUUCACAAGCAGCAGAAUUUCCAGAAACUGGCGAAUAUCAUGUACUUGUCAAACAAGGAAGUGAAGUGUUCGCUAAACAAGAAUGUCCAUCGACGUUUUUCGGAGAAUAUUUUUACAUUGUCAAAGAUUUAGAAUCAAAGAAUAGCUAUUGCGGGACUGGUAACGAAGUUUGGGAUGUCUGUACAGAUUAUGAGCGAAUGACAUUCAACUACACUAUUUGUGAUACAAAGAUUUCUUAUUCUGGGAAUGGAAGUGUAUUUUGUGUUUUUACUCUAACAUUUGGGAGCUACACAUAUCACACCCUGUAUAAUGAAGAUAAUUUUGUGAAUCAUUCAAAUGGUACACAUAGAUUUACAUGCAUGGUAUCAAGUAGAAACUCUGACGGGAGUCUCAAUGUUUCACAAACUCCAGGAAGCUGUAGAAAGGGACAAACACCUUCUGAACAACCGGUGUUUGCUUCCAAUAUGUCUUCUGCAGGACUGAACAUGCAACUUACACCAAGAAAGCUGUGUCGUAAGUGA